AUGAGCUACCACCACCAACCCGGCCAGCCUCAGCUAGGGGCGACGUUCGUCCCCGGUGGGUUCGAUGACUACUACAUGCCGGCUCCUUCGCCUGAAGUCAUUUCGCCAGCGCCGCAACGGAUAAUGCCCGAGGUGCCUGAGAACAUGCAGGACAACAUUGCUUACCUGGAACUCGAGGCCAACGGCCCGCGCAGCCCAAACACAAUGAUGUCGCCUGCCCAGGACUUCAAUCAAUCGCACGGAGGCUUCCCGCCACGGCACUCGAGCUUCCACGACGGGUCUGCGCCAGGCAACGGAGAGCAAUGGCCGGCGCGACAUGCAAGCAUCUCUUCCGCCUUUCGAGGGCCUCCCAACGUGCAGCCCCACAACGACUUCCGGCAACCAUCCCACGACUACAAUCAGUUCGCGCACACCGGCGACGCGCCCAACUUCUCGCCGUUCCCCAAGCUUCCGAACCGCCCGCCAAACGUGCCGCCGUCCGACGAUGAGAAAGAGGCAGUGCUCGAGAAUGCGCGACUGCCUGUACUCAACUCGAACGACCCUGAGAUGCAGCUGGCAUGGGCGCAAGACGCGUUGGCAUACGUGGAUGCCGCACAGCUGCAUGAGUUGCGGAUUUCCGAGACGCAAGGAGCCCGGCCAUCGACGCCGCAGAUCGAGCAUCAGCUGCGUGCAGACGCAAUGAACGUAGUUCAGUUCUUGGCAGAUCAACACCACCCGAAGGCUGCGUUCAUGCGAGGCAUGUGGCUUGAAUUCGGCAAGUUUGGUAUGCGAGCAGAUAAGAAGGAGGCUUUCAGGUGCUAUUCUCGCGCGGCUGGGAAGGGUUAUGCGCGAGCCGAGUACCGCAUGGGCAUGCAGUUCGAGCAAUCGAACGAUCCUAUCCGGGCUCUCCAGCACUACCAGGCCGGUGCAGAGCAAGGCGACUCCGCCUCCAACUACCGCUUGGGCAUGAUGACCCUGCUAGGCCAACAUGGACAGCAACAAGAUUAUGCCAGGGGUAUUCAGCUAAUCCGAACAGCCGCGGCCUCUGCGGAUGAGAAUGCGCCGCAGGGCGCAUACGUCCUGGGCAUGCUGCAGUCGCGAGAACUGCCUCAAAUCCAGGUUCCUGAUGUGUUUUUGCCAUAUGAUGAGAAAGCCGCUAGACAGAACAUUGAGAAGGCAGCGUAUCUUGGUUUUGCCAAAGCCCAGCUGAAGAUGGGCUCUGCGUACGAGCUUUGCAGCUUGGGCUGCGAAUUCAACCCUACCUUGUCGUUGCACUACAACGCACUGGCUUCACGCCAAGGUGAGCCAGAAGCAGAUAUGGCCAUAAGCAAGUGGUUUCUUUGCGGGCACGAGGGCGAGUUCUCGAAGAACGAGGAGUUGGCGUACGUCUACGCGCAACGCGCUGCAGCCACUGGGCUUGCGACCGCCGAGUUUGCCAUGGGCUACUUCAACGAGAUUGGCAUGCAUGUGCCCGUUGACCUACAGAAAGCUAUGGAGUGGUAUGAGAAGGCCGAGCUCAAUGGCAACAAGGACGCAGUAGCGCGGAUAGAGAGCCUGUCCACAUCGCGGACACUUUCGAAGAAGGAUCACGAAAAUGUUGCGAUCAAUAGGAUCAAGUCCCAACACGGUUCCAUGCGCGGAAAGCGACCAGCAAGGCUGCAGAAGCCCGCUGCUCCUGCUCUACCAUCGAUCAACGACAACAGCCCGUCAGACUACUCCCGAAGCGAUACCACGACUCCUUACCCAGUGUCCGACCAACCCCCAAUCUUCAACGCACAAGCCAACCCAGCCCCAUACGAACGCCCUUCGACCGCUGCGCCUUACCCCAUGGACAACGGCCCGCCACGGGUUGGCUCAGCACGCCCGAUGGCAGCUGGAUUUGCACCUGAGGUCCGAGCCUCCGGCGCUCGUCCGACAUCAUCGGGCGCCUUCAACAUCAACCCCAACAUAUACCCCUCUAGCGAUGGCUACGGACGUGGCCGACCUCCACUUGGACCAGAAUCACAUACGAGCCCUCUUCCUCUCCGUCCUCAUUCAAGCGUGAACGAGAUUAACUCCGGCGGCCGCGGUAUGCGUCCUCUUCCAGGUGGAGGUCGCGGUGGUCUACCGCUUGGCGGACCUGGAAGCUACAGACAACCCGGCGGUCCAAGCGCACAGCGUCCAGAGAUCAAUCGCCCUCAGACUGCCCAGCCGGCUGAUGUUGGCUACAGUGCUCCAGAUGGGCGACACAAGCUCCAGAAACCAGGGCAAGGGAUGAAGAAGGCGCCCACACUUGCUGACAUUGGCUAUGUCGCUCCACUCGAGCUACGACAGCAUACCCGACCUUCUACAGUACAGCCGGGCCAAGAAAGCAGGACAAACUCUAUGCGUACAGACAGGCCGUCGACUGUCACACCAGGACAGAGUUCACGUCCGUCAUCAAGGCCAGGCUCUGCGGGUCGACCUUCUGGUCAAGAUUCUAUGCCUAAGCCUCAGCGAGCACCUACGCAACAGCAAAGGCCACCUCCGCAAGCUGCGCCUGCGUCUGCACCUGCACAGGUCAACAAACCUCAAGCUGCAGCACCCGCUGCACCACCGGGCAAAGGCCCGAAGACGUUUGACGAAAUGGGCAUUGGGCAGGCGCCCCAGAAUAAGGAUUGUGUGGUCAUGUGA